AUGCAAAGCUCGGUGAACGGUAGCGAAGUGAAGAAAGAACAAAGGAAAUAUGAGAAUGGACACUCGAAUGAAGCUGGCCCAAGUCAUGUUGAUGAUCCGAUGACCUGGACUUGCUCAAGUUUAUUAGAUGAAGAAGACUAUGAAGAUGCAAAUGAGUCGAACAAAAUCCAAGAAAACCCUGAAAGUAAUCCGACAAAUGGAGAUGGAUGGAUUGAGAGCGCUAGGAAAGCUGGUCGUCAAAUGUGGAAUAAACUGAAAACGAAAGAAACACAAGUCGAGGAAAAUGAGAAGAAAAAGGAAACUUUUCAGCAUCGUUUGUGGACUGCUUGGAACAACAUGAAGUACUCCUCGAUGUUACAAUCGGAUCAUAUGAAUGAUUAUGAAGCCGAAGACACAAUAUCGAUGCUUGGAGCCGAGUAUGAUCCGGAGAAAAAUCAACCUGGGCAAACAUUCGACGACUUUUUCAUCGAUUACUACUCGAGAAUCUGGUUGACGUACAGGAGUGGAUUCGACGAAUUCCCGGGCACAACGAUCCGAUCCGAUUGUGGUUGGGGUUGUAUGUUGCGGACGAGUCAAAUGAUGGUCGCUCAAGCGAUUCUUGUCCUCAGACAUGGCAGAAAUUGGAGAUGGAAUCUACGAGGAAUGAAUUUGAAUGAGAAAAUGCCAGAAACCGCCUGGGAACACUAUGAGAUUCUUCGGCUUUUUGAGGACAAGCCAAGUCUGGAAGCUCCUUUGGGAAUCCAUCGAUUGCUCGAGUUAUCGGGUGGGAAAGCGUCAGCUGAGCGAUGGUUUCGACCAAGCGAAGCGUUGAGUUUAUUGAAACGUGCCAUCCAAACAUCAACCUCAUCAUUGACAGCUGGUUUGGCAAUGGUCGUUUGUUCAGAUGGAACACUCAUUGUGCCGAUUGUCGAGCGGGAAACCAGAAAUUGGACUCGACCACUUUUACUCUUCAUCUGCGUUCGUUUAGGGGCUCAUUCGGUGAACAAGGUCUAUCAUCGACAUCUUCAAUACUUGCUGAAAAUGCCGAACUCGCUGGGAAUCGGCGGUGGGAAGCCGAAUCACUCGACGUACUUCAUUGGGUAUUAUGAUCAGCAAUUGAUCUACUUGGAUCCACACGUCAGUCACCCAUACAUUCCGCUGGAGAAAGAGCUCGAGAAAGAUCACGAAGCAAAACCGAAGCACAAGCCAUUUUCCUCAUUUCAUUGCCGACUUCUCUCAAAAAUGCACAUUUCCGAUAUCGAUCCUUCGUGUGCAAUCGGUUUUCUGAUAAACGGAAAAAAUGAAUUCGAAGAGUCGAUGAGAUUUUUGAAUUUGAACCAAGUGAUCGAUGUGGAAUUGGGAAGAGGACUCGGCUCUAAAAGAACAAAAGAUCCAAUCUUCACAGUACUCUAUGAAGAGCCGAUUGGUGGAGAGACAAGGCAUAUCUCCGAACAAGAGCGGAAACAAGCCGAAGAUCAUGGAUUUGAAUUGCUG